AUGACAACAUCUCUGCUUCUCAGACAUUCCUCCUCAGCUGCUGUCUUCUUGUCUUCCUCUUCUUUCCUCUUCACCAAGAACACAAACUCUUCUCCUCGUUCCUUCACUUCCAUCAAGAUGGAGAGAGGUAACGCAAGUGAAUUGAUCACCGCAGAAGACACCUCGUCGAAUAAGAAAAAGGUGUUCGUCGCUGGAGCCACUGGUCAGACCGGGAAGAGAAUCGUGGAACAGCUCUUAUCACGUGGCUUUGCCGUUAAAGCCGGUGUUCGUGAUGUAGACAAAGCUAAAACAGUUUUCAAACAAGACCCCUCUCUUCACUUCGUUAGAGCAGAUGUGACAGAAGGCUCAGAGAAGCUAGCUGAAGCUAUAGGUGAUGAUUCUCAAGCUGUGAUCUGCGCUACUGGUUUUCGUCCCGGGUUUGAUCUAUUCGCUCCUUGGAAGACGGAUAACUUUGGAACAGUGAACCUAGUGGAUGCGUGUAAGAAACAAGGAGUGAACAGGUUUGUGCUCAUAAGCUCAAUCUUGGUGAAUGGAGCUGCAAUGGGACAGAUUCUUAACCCUGCCUACAUCUUCCUCAACGUCUUUGGACUUACUCUCAUCGCUAAGCUUCAAGCUGAGAAGUAUAUCAAAAGAUCGGGUAUUAACUAUACUAUUGUGAGACCUGGUGGUCUUAAAAACGAUCCUCCUUCAGGAAAUGUAGUCAUGGAGCCAGAGGAUACUUUGUCUGGAGGGAGCAUAUCGAGAGACCAGGUAGCAGAAGUUGCAGUGGAAGCUUUGCUUGAUGAGGAAUCAUCUUCUUUCAAAGUUGUGGAGAUUGUUGCGAGUGCUGAUGCUCCAAAACGUUCCUACAAAGAUCUUUUUACUUCUGUUAAAGGAGGACAUUAA